AUGGCUUCCUCUGAUGAUGAUGAUACGAGGAACACCUCGACGUCCCAAGUUGUGACGUCUUUGGUGUUUAACAUUGUUGUUUUCGCUGUGUUUUUCAUCUCUUUUAUCCUUUUAAGACUCAAGAUCAAGCGUAUCUACCAACCUAAGUCAUCCUUUGAUUUGAUUAAUGAUGAGAAAAAGCCUCAGCCUUUGCCCAGUGGUAUUUGGCAAUGGAUUGUUCCUUUGUUGAAGAAAUCGGAUAAUUUUAUCAUUCAACAAGCCGGGCUCGAUGGGUAUUUCUUUAUCAGAUACCUUUUCAUUAUUUCUGCUUACUGUGGUUUUUCAAUGCUGUAUAUGUUCCCCGUGUUGCUCCCUAUCAACGCAGUCAAUGGUGUUGCUAAGAAAGGUUUCGAUAUGUUGGCUUACUCCAACGUUACGGAGAAGGGAAGAUAUUACGGUCACGUGUUUUGUGGCUGGAUAUUCUAUUGGGGGUUCUUGUUCGUCAUCUAUAGGGAAUUGACCCUUUACAACUCGUUGAGACACAGUAUCCUUGCAUCUCCACGUUACGCUAAGAAGUUAUCCUCAAGGACCGUGUUGUUCCAAUCUGUUCCGGAUCAGUACUUGUCUGAAACUGAAUUCGCCAAGUUGUUUGAACAUACUAAGAACAUUUGGAUCGCUAGAAGUGCGAAGCAAUUGAGUAAAUUGGUUAAAGAGAGAGAUGCUUUGGCUCUCAAGUUGGAAGCUGCUGAGACCUCUUACUUGAAGAUGGCAGUUAAAGCCAUUAGCAAGGAAAAGAAGAAGAAAGGUGGUGCCGAUCCAAGUAAGAUUGCUAACGAUAUUACUCAAUACGUGCCAGAGAAGAAAAGACCUUCUCAUAGGUUGAAACCUGUUAUUGGUAAGAAAGUGGAUACUAUCAACUAUGCAAAGGAGAAGUUGCCUGAACUAAAUGCAAAGAUUCAAGAGUUGCAAAACAAACAUAUGGAAGAAAAACCAAUGAAUUCCGUCUUUGUCGAAUUCAAUACUCAGUACGAUGCUCAGAAAGCGGUCCAAAUGGUUAGUCACCAUUCACCAUUGUCAUUGACUCCAGCGUACGUCGGUAUCUCGCCUACAGACGUUCAAUGGUUCAACUUGAGAAUGUUCUGGUUGGAAAGAUUGGUUAGAAAAUUCGGUAGUAUUGCUGCCAUUGUUGCCUUGGUCAUCUUGUGGGCUUUCCCCGUUGCAUUUGUCGGUAUGGUCUCCAAUAUCACCUACUUGACUAACAAAUUACCAUGGUUGAAAUUUAUCUACAACAUGCCAGAUCAAUUGCUUGGUAUCAUAACCAGUUUGGCUCCAACCAUCGCGUUGGCCGUGUUAAUGAUGCUGUUGCCUAUCUUCAUUAGAAAGAUGGCCUUAAUCGCUGGCGCACCUUCUUACCAGCAUGUUGAAUAUUUCACUCAACAAGCUUAUUUCGCAUUCCAAGUUAUCCAAGUGUUCUUAGUUACCACGUUGGCCUCCUCUGCUACUUCUACUGUUACUGCCAUCGUCGAAGAGCCAACUUCCGCGAUGAACUUGUUGGCUGAGAAUUUACCUAAGAGUUCCAAUUUCUACGUCGGUUACAUCAUUCUACAAGGUUUAUCCAUCUCAUCAGGUGCCUUGCUGCAAAUCGUGCCUUUGAUCUUGUUCUUCGUGUUGGGGAUGUUCCUUGAUUCUACUGCAAGAAAAAAGUACGCUAGAUUCACUUCACUAUCCUCAAUGGCGUGGGGUACUACAUUCCCUGUUUACACUAACUUGGCUGUUAUCACUUUCUCCUACGCGAUCAUCUCUCCAUUGAUCUUGCUGUUUGCAUGUGUUGCAUUCUUCCUAUUAUACGUUGCUUACCUUUACAAUUUGACGUAUGUGUUCCAGGAAUCUCCAGAUUCCCGUGGAAUCCAUUACCCAAGGGCUUUGUUCCAAACAAUGGUCGGUUUGUACUUGGGACAAAUUUGUUUGUUGGGUCUCUUUGUUGUUGGUAAAGGUUGGGGUCCAAUCGUGCUACAAGCCAUUUGUCUAGGUGUCACUGUUUUCGUUCAUCUAAACUUCAAUUCAGCAUUUGACCAUUUAAUGGCCUUUGAACCUGUUGAUACAAUGAAGGCAUUGGAUGGUAAAUCAAACACACCAUCUUACAUCAGAGAUUUCGUUGAACCAGAAAAGGAUGAAAUCAAGGAAUUGCCACCAUUCCAAAUCAAGAAGUACCAUCCUCGUUCCUCGUCACAAUUCGACCAAAGAACUACAUCCAUUCUGAGUGACAACACUUACGAAAUCCAAACUGGUGUCUUUGAUACCGAUAAUGAAAACACUUUGAACACAGUUCCAUUGCUAGCAGACGGUGACAUGACUCCAGUGCCACCAGCUCCAUUCUGGAAAAGGUUCUUACUCCCUCACAUCUACUAUUCUUACAAGGCUGUGAAAACAAGAUUGCCCGAGAUCUACAAUCUACCAGAUCCAACAGAAAUAACCGAUGAAAAAGAAAUCAAGCAUGCAUACGAUUUCCCAACAGUCUCAGCUAAAUGUCCAUUCCUAUGGAUUCCUCGUGAUCCAUAUGGAUUCUCUACAGUUCAGAUUGCUGAUUUAGCUGGUGUCGUUGAAAUUUCUGAUGAAGGUGCUCGUUUCACAGAAUCUGGCUCUAUUGAGUGGGAAACUGCUCCACCUUCUUACAAUGAUUCUCAAAUGCAAGUUGUAUCUAAUCCGUUUGACGAACAAGAUGAAGAUAAUCUUCAGAGAGAGGAAUAA